AAAAAAAAACAGAAAAAUUGUUUCAAAUUUACAUGAAAGCGCACCACGAUCGCAGCACCAAAAUUCGACGAUGCUGAAAAGGCUUUAAAGGCUCCUUUGUACGUACACCAUGCCAUGCUCUUUCGUCUUUUAUACAUGUAAGUACACCACUAGUGUAGCAAGAGAGGACCGAAAAACGGACCGUGAGUCCGUCACCAAAUUUAUUUCAAAUUGAGUUGGGGCUCCGACUCAAACCCGUUUUAUACGGAGGCAAUCACCAGCCUACUCAAGCCUCGACAACUGCUUUCUCUCCACGGCAUUUUCUUAUUCCUUCCUCAGCUCUCAUACUCGCUCUGUGUUCUCGUCGGAGCUCCGAUUAUGCGAAAAUGGAUCAACAACCACAGAGAUCAUCUUCAACUUCCAGGGCUUACCAGUUCCAUCCGGGUCGAGCUGCUAUCGUCAAUCUCUUUGACCUCUACUUGGGGCGAAGUAGCUGCCAAAAACCUGAAGAUUUAGUUCAACCCCCAAACAAGACGCAGAAGCGUGUGACUGCUUUUAACAGAGAAUUACCACCUCGAAAUGAGCAGUUCCUUUUAGAUUUUGAGCAAAUUCAGAGUCAGUUUGCUGACCAAGAACAAUUACGUGCUGUGACAGAAUCAGUUCUUAUAUCCUUGGUUGUGCAGUGUAGUGGUCAUGCACCACGGGCAGAAUUCCUUCUCUUUGCUUUGCGUAGCUUGUUCAGUGUUGGUUAUAUCAACUGGGACACUUUUUUGCCAUCGCUUCUUUCUUCAGUCUCCAAUGCAGAAAUGUCGGUCGGUCAAGGGAGUCAAACGAUCCCUGCUGUUUCGUCACAGCCUGGGAUUCUUCCCUCUUCAAAUGCAAUUCCCAAUUCUUCUAAUUUUCAAUCUUCAAAUCCUGCCUCUCCAAUUCCUUCGAUACAUGGUAUUGGGUCCCCUGCCCAAUCAGCUAUUGAAUCAUCACCUUGCACAGCCUUGUCACCUAUCAAAUCAUCUGAUAUAUCCUGCACGGUACAAUCUACGAGGGUGAAUUCAUCUAUUAGAGAUAAUGCAAUAAGCAGUCUACGCCAACUGUGUUGCAAGAUUAUUUUAACUGGCCUUGAAUCUAAUUUAAAACCAGUGACUCAUGCUGAGAUUUUUUCCCAUAUGCUGAAUUGGCUGGUUAACUGGGACCAGAGACAGCAGGGAAUUGAUGAAUCUGAUGGUGCAAAAUCCUGCAGACCUGACAAGGCUUUAAUUGAGUGGCUGCACAGCUGUUUGGAUGUGGUUUGGCUUUUGGUUGAGGAGGAGAAGUGCCGAGUACCCUUUUAUGAAUUACUGCGCAGUGGCUUGCAGUUUCUGGAGAACAUACCUGAUGAUGAAGCGUUAUUUACAAUUAUCUUGGAGAUCCAUAGGAGGCGUGAUAUGAUGGCUAUGCACAUGCAGAUGUUAGAUCAACACCUUCAUUGCCCUACAUUUGGAACACAUCGCAUUUUCUCUCAGACUGCUCCCAAUAUUUCAGGUGAAGCAGUAGCAAGCUUGCGAUAUUCACCAAUCACCUAUCCAAGUGUCCUUGGAGAACCAUUGCAUGGAGAGGAUCUUGCAACAUCUAUUCAAAAAGGAAGUUUGGAUUGGGAACGAGCUCUUCGUUGUAUAAGACAUGCUCUUCGGACUACUCCAUCUCCUGAAUGGUGGAAGCGUGUGCUGCUUGUUGCUCCUUGCUAUAGGUCCCCAUCUCAAGGCCCUACUCCUGGUGCUGUUUUUACUUCUGAAAUGAUUUGUGAGGCAACAAUUGACAGAAUCAUUGAGCUCUUGAAGUUGACAAAUUCAGAGAUUAAUUGCUGGCAAGAGUGGCUUGUCUUUUCAGAUAUAUUCUUUUUUCUUAUAAAAAGUGGGUGUAUUGAUUUUGUUGAUUUUGUGGACAAGCUAGUUUCACGCCUUACAGAGGGUGAUCACCAUAUUCUUAGGACAAAUCAUGUGACUUGGCUAUUAGCACAAAUUAUUCGGGUUGAGCUUGUGAUGAAUGCUCUGAAACAAGAUGCUAGAAAGGUGGAGACAACCAGAAAGAUUCUAUCAUUUCAUAGAGAAGAUAGAAGCUCUGAUCCUAAUAGUCCUCAAGGUAUCCUGCUUGAUUUUAUAAGCAGCUGUCAAAAUUUACGUAUAUGGUCAUUGAACACAUCUACCAGAGAAUAUCUAAAUAAUGAGCAGCUUCAGAAAGGAAAGCAAAUAGAUGAAUGGUGGAGGCAGGCAACUAAAGGGGAUCAAAUGCUGGAUUAUAUGAAUAUGGAUGAUAGGUCAAUUGGGAUGUUUUGGGUUGUGUCUUAUACCAUGGCACAGCCAGCUAAUGAAACAGUAAUGAAUUGGUUGUCCCCUGGUAAAGUUAUGGAAGCGGCAGGAUCGAACCUACCGUCAAACGAGAGCUUGAUGGUUAUGAGGGAAGUAAGUCCACUACCAAUGUCACUGUUAUCUGGCUUUUCAAUGAACCUAUGUUUGAAGCUCGCAUAUCAAAUGGAGGAAUCAUUAUUCUCUGGGCAGGUAGUGCCUAGCAUUGCAAUGGCUGAAACUUAUUCACGGUUGCUUCUCAUUGCACCUCAUUCCUUGUUUCGUUCUCAUUUCAAUCAUUUGGCACAAAGGAAUCCGGCGGUGUUGAGCAAGCCUGGGUUUACUCUUUUGGUGCUUGAAAUUCUGAACUAUCGUUUGCUUCCACUUUACAGGUAUCAAGGGAAAAGCAAAGCCUUAAUGUAUGAUGUUACAAAAAUAGUGUCCGCGCUGAAAGGAAAACGUGGAGAUCAUCGUGUAUUUAGAUUGGCUGAAAACUUAUGCAUGAACCUUAUUUUGUCACUGAGAGAUUUUUUUGCAGUGAAAAGGGAAGGAAAGGUGGGCCCAACUGAAUUUACAGAAACUUUGAAUCGAAUAACCAUUGUCACUCUUGCAAUCAUCAUUAAAACACGGGGAAUUGCUGAUGCCGAUCACUUGCUUUAUCUUCAAACUAUGUUAGAACAGAUACUUGGAGGUAGUGAACAUACAUGGUCGGAAAAAACAUUGCGUUAUUUCCCUUCUAUUCUUCGUGAUGCCUUGGUCGGACGGAUGGAUAAGAGGGGCCUUGCAAUUCAAAAAUGGCAGCAGGCAGAAACAACUGUGAUUAAUCAAUGUACUCAACUUUUUCUUUCUCCAUCAGCUGAUCCUACUUAUGUGAUGACUUAUGUCAACCGUAGUUUUCCACAACAUCGACAAUAUCUUUGUGCUGGUGCAUGGAUACUAAUGCAAGGGCGUCCAGAAAAUAUUAACAGUACAAACUUGGCACGUGUCUUGAGAGAGUUUUCACCUGAAGAGGUGACUGCAAAUAUUUACACUAUGGUAGAUGUGCUGCUUCACCAAAUUCAGUUAGAACUUCAGCAUGGACAUUCCUUACAGGAUCUUUUGUCGAAAGCUUGUGCAAACCUGGCAUUUUUUGUUUGGCCAGAUGACUUGCUUCCUUUAGAUAUUUUGCUUUUGGCACUUAUUGACCGUGAUGAUGAUCCCCAUGCUUUACAUAUUGUGAUUAGUCUACUUGAUAGGCAAGAACUUCAACAAAGAGUGAAAUUCUAUUGUAAGAAUCGAGGCAGUCCUGAACAUUGGCUUCAGACUGGGUUGUUCAAUCGAAUUGAUUUGCAAAAAGCCCUGGGGAAUCAUCUUUCAUGGAAGGACAGGUAUCCCACAUUCUUUGAUGAUAUUGCGGCGCGUUUGCUUCCAGUCAUUCCCUUAAUAGUGUAUAGACUUAUUGAAAAUGAAGCUAUAGAUCCAGCCGACAGAGUUCUGGCCAUGUACUCACAAUUUCUUGCUUACCACCCCCUAAGAUUUUCAUUUGUUCGUGACAUACUUGCAUAUUUUUAUGGCCAUCUUCCUGGAAAGCUUAUUGUCCGAAUAUUGAAUAUACUUGAUCUUAGCAAGAUCCCAUUUUCUGAGUCAUUCCCGCAGCACAUUAGUUCAUCAAAUCCUGUAGUGUGUCCACCACUUGACUAUUUUGCAACUCUUUUAUUGGGACUCGUAAAUAAUGUUAUACCAUCAUUACAUAACAACUCAAAAUUUGGUGAUGCUUCAAAUAGUUCACUGCGUGCUCCACCCAACAAGUCUCCAACGACAUCUCAGUCUGGGCAAUCAAAUGCUUCUGAUGGCCAAAAAGCAUUCUAUCAGAUUCAGGAUCCUGGCACUUACACUCAGCUGGUUCUGGAAACAGCAGUCAUUGAAAUACUCUCUCUCCCUGUAUCUGCAUUUCAGAUUGUAUCAUCACUGGUUCAAAUUGUUGUUAACAUACAAACUACAAUAAUCCAAUCCAGCAAUGGCCCGCAUGGAGCUUCAAAUGGUGUUGGGCAAGGUUCAGUAUUACCAACAUCACCCUCAGGAGGAAGCACAGACUCUAUGAGUGCAGGCAGAUCCACUUCUUCAGUUUCUGGAGUAAAUACAUCCAGCUUUUUUUCGAGAAGCGGUUAUUCUUGCCAACAACUUUCUUGCUUAAUGAUCCAAGCUUGUGGUCUUCUACUAGCUCAGCUGCCUCCUGAUUUCCACUCGCAACUUUAUAUAGAGGCAUCCCGAAUAAUAAAAGAAACUUGGUGGCUCACUGAUGGGAAAAGUUUACUAGGGGAAUUAGAUUCUGCUGUUGGCUAUGCUUUAUUGGAUCCAACAUGGGCUGCUCAAGAUAACACCUCAACAGCCAUUGGUAACAUAGUUUCCCUGCUCCAUUCCUUUUUCAGUAACCUUCCACAGGAAUGGCUAGAGGGGACUCAUGCCAUCAUCAAACAUCUACGGCCAGUGACAUCAGUCGCAAUGUUGAGAAUAGCAUUCCGUAUAAUGGGUCCAUUACUCCCAAGACUUGCCAAUGCUCAUACACUUUUCAGCAAGACCCUUUCAUUACUUUUGAGUACAAUGGUGGAUGUCUUUGGGAAGAACUCACAGCAAUCAACUCCUGUUGAACCAUCAGAUAUUGCAGAUCUUAUCGACUUCCUUCAUCAUGUUGUCCACUAUGAGGGGCAGGGAGGGCCCGUGCAGGCGAACAGCAAGCCUCGGGCAGAGGUUUUGGCUCUCUGUGGAAGAGUGUUGGAAAAUCUACGACCCGACAUACAGCACCUUCUUUCCCACCUGAAGCCUGAUAUAAGUUCUUCUAUCUAUGCUUCUACUCAUCCUAAGCUGGUCCAGAAUCCAUCAUAAUCUUAGCCUUACAAAGCUGUUCUUCUAAUCUUCCAUCUGUUCUUGAUUGCUUCUACUCAUCCGAAGCUGCUAUAGAGUUCAUCAAGAUCUAUAUCCUUUAUUUGAUCUAUUAGAUGGUUCUAUAUUACUGAUAACAAAGUAUUUACUUUGGUUCUUCCUGCCAUGUUUUUGGUUGGACAAUACAGGCUUCUAUAAACACAAGAAAAUGAAAGGAUGACUAAUAUCGUGUCUCACACCUUGUUAAACUGAUAGUCUUCCUAGCUCAUCUUGCUUGCUGCGCGGUUCUCUCUUUUCCAAAGCCCAGUUACUUUGUGCUUAGUGGUGUUCCAGCGGUGUUAACUCGUAUCUGACUUGAGUCCUUAGGGAAAUUAUAGGCACUUACAAAAUGUAUGUCACUAUUUCAUCAUUACUACCAUCUUGUUGCUGGACAUUUUGUUUUAGUUUUGUUUAGAAGGCAAUUGGAACCGUACUGAUUUGUAAAGUUAACUCCACAUGUCAGGGGCUGCAAUGAACCGGCCAUGUAUCAGCAUGUUUGCCAUUUUAACAUUGACAUGGUGUAUAAAUUUAGAAUUCAAGUAUCAAUCUUAUAUAAUAUAUUGUAAAUCA